AACAACUACUUCAUUUGGAUUCACAGAGAACCCGUCGACGAAAUCAAAAGUUUGUUGUUGAUGUUAGAAGAGGCAAGAGGAUGGUACUCCGAUGACAUUGGUUUUGAUGAUGAACACGACAAGGAGUGGAUGGUCAAGAAUGCAAUUCAAGCAAACUUAUUGAAUCUGAAGAAUUCACUUGCAAUCAGAGAUGCAUGGAUCAAUGAAAAUCCAGACCGCGCUUCACGUAUCAUCGAUGUUGGGUUCAAAGACACAAUUGCACACCCCGUUGAAACAGUCAAAAGAAUAUACACCCGUGUUGGUCUUGAAUUCAACGACGAAACAGAAAAGAAGAUUCUUGAAGCAGUCAAAAACGACCCACAAAAGCAAUUCGGCAAAAAGAAAGAAAACCCAUUCAAAAUCAACGAGCAAGACAUCAGACAUACUUUCAAGUUCUACUACGACAGGUUCCCCUCUUACAUGCCAAAUUACUACGGCAAUAACUAA